AAAUUUUAAGUUGUGAAUGUGUAUUAUGAGCAAAGAGAAACUAUUUUACUUAAAGAGUGUCCUAAAGAAACUCGGUAGCAUUUUCCUAUAAUUUAAGUUGAUCUUAUUAUGCUUCAAAUAAUUAACCCCCUCACACACUCUCCUAUAUUUAAAACCCUUCAAAGCUAGUCACCAACUGCUCUUUGUUGUCUCUAUACUCUUCAAAAGGAUUCCUUUGAGAGAACCAAAAUGUUAGCUAACUGUGAGAAAAUGGUUUCCAUCCCUCCAACUACUAACCAAUGGCCACAGAAUCAGAUAGAUGAUGGUAAAGUAAUUAUGGAAAAACAAGGUCAAGAGCUUAUGCAGCAACAAGCACUUAAGUGUCCACGUUGUGAUUCAUCAAACACAAAAUUCUGUUACUACAACAAUUACAGUUUGUCACAACCAAGACACUUCUGCAAAGCCUGCAAACGUUAUUGGACAAGAGGUGGUACUCUUAGGAAUGUUCCUGUUGGUGGUGGCUACAAAAGAAACAACAAACGCAGUAAUAAUAGUACUAAUCCUCUCAUCAAAAGACCAAUAUCCACCAUUGAUUCUACUACUACUACUACUUCGGCUCCUAGUUCAACCUUAAAUCAUAUUAGUCCUAUGUUUUAUGGUUUAUCUAGACUCUCAAGUUCAUCUGAGUAUGAUUUUCAUCCUCAGAUGAACUCGAGUGGACUAGGCGGCUUUUCGUCAUCCGGGUUUGGUCAUAAUGGAUUUACUUCAUAUAAUAACAAUCAUGUUUCAAGAUAUGAUUCUUCAAUCUUUAGUCCUGCAUCUUCCUCCUCAACUUCAAUGUCAGUUAUGCCUUCUACUCUGCUUCAAUAUAAUUUCAACAAUGAUGGUUUGAAAUAUAGUCAAGAUGCAAGUAGCAACUGUACUUUUCAAGGUUUAGAAUUUGCUUCACUUGAGCAUAUGCAAAGAGCUAUAAGUAAUAUUGGGAAUGGAAGUGAGAAAGGGAUGAAGAAAGUUGAAGGACAGAAUCAGAUUGAGCAUGUGAAUGGUUUGUAUGAUCCUUCUUCAUUUUUCUGGAAUGAUCAAGGUGCUAAUAUUGGUUCAUCAGUCACUUCUCUGAUCUAAACAAGAAGCAUAAUUCUAGUUCAAGUUUCAAGGUUUUAUUUACUGAUUAGGCUUCUCUGUCUUAUUACUACUGCACCUUUUUUUUGUUUUGUUUUGUAUUUUUGGUUUUAGUUUACUUACAUUUAACUUUAUUGGUAAAAUAAAAUGAAGGGAAAAGAAAAAAAAAAUACUUGUUAGAAAAAUGAGGAAGUUAAAGGUGACAAGAGAGGGAAUUGAAUUUUCCACUAUAAUUGCGUCACACAGUUACACAGCUCUCAACUGUCCGAUCUAAAUCGAUAGUUGAAAUCGUUUUAUUGUGUGAUUUGACGGUAUGAUCUAUUACUGUGUUGGACCGUGUGAAAUUUAAACAGCAGCCAAUCAUGAUCCGAGAGGUUAGUUUGAUCUAUGUCUGAAAACUUCAGCUAGUUAGUUUGUUUGAUCAAUGUGUCAAAUUAAGGUUGGAGAAUGUUGGUCUUUCAUUUAGUUUGUUUUGUGUAUAAUAUUUGAUUUUAUGACAUGAUAUUUACUUUGUAAUGUAUUGUCACUAGUUAGCUAGGUGGGGUGGGGGAUUUAAUUAUUUCCUACAUGAUGUAAUUGUAGUCCUUGAUGAAAGGAACAAACUUUGUGAUGAUGAUAUGUGUUUUGGAUAAGGAUGGAAAGGUAUAAAAGAGAGGAAAAACUUGUUCA